UCCAAAAGACACGCAAUCCAUUUUACUGUUACUUGUUGCUCGCUAUUACCAACCUUUACUUUACUUUAUCAAAUUGACCACAGAAACACAAUACUAGAUAUCCCCAUCAUCAACGAGUCGCCAUUUGGUGAUCCUUAUCGAAGCUUCAUGCGCUUCGGUAUCACACAAAGAUGAGGCUACGGAGCUCUGAGACAGGAUGGCGGUGCCUUCUAAUAUCAACACUCCUCUGCACCGGCGCAUGGGGAAAGAAAGAUGCGCCUGGGGUAAGUUAUGCCAAAUUAGAACAUAUACCGCAUAAUUUGCAGUACUUUGACGAUUCCGAUGUCCUGCUGUAUGAGGAUAGAGUAGAUGCGGUUGUGUGGAGGUCGGCGGAUGCAGGAGAGACAUGGAAGAAAAUCGAUGCCGUUCCUGCGGGCAAAAUGUUGGAAAUCUCAAUGCACCCAUACGAUCCGAAGAGAGCAUACAUUAUAACGUCGGAGAGGAGUCAUUGGGCGACGAAGGAUAGAGGAGAGCAUUGGGAGGAGUUCCAUACGGAAUCUCAAGCUAGUAUAUUCAGGCCGGCGUUGAAUUAUCAUGCAACAGAUAUGGAUAGGAUUCUUUUCAAUGCGAUGGACUGCACGGGAAUCUUCUGCGAAGAAUUAGUGAGAGGAAUAUAUUUUCUACUAAAUGUUAUUUGCUGAUGCUUUUCAACAGACUCUAUACACCACCAACGGAUUCGUUGAAACUCCUAAAUUUCUACGUUCUGAUACCGCAGGCUGUAUCUGGGCAGUCACAUCACCAGAGUUUACAACUAGUCAGAAGGACCUUGACAAGGACCGGAUUCUGUGUGUGGCCAAAGGCAAAUAUUCUCCAUGGAGGGCGGACUACCGACUUGUCAUUUCUGAUGGCUUCUUCACUUCGAACCACGGUGAUAUACAAGAAUUUGAGCCGGAACUAGAGCCAGGGCGGACGGUCCAAGGAAUUGUUGAUAUUGCAGCUCACAAGAAGUUCUUGAUCACCGCUGCAGGUGCUGCCCGUACUGACGAGAUGGCAUUAUAUGUCUCCGAUGAUGCGAUUAAAUGGCACCGAGCAGAAUUCCCACACGACCAUAAAUUGACGCAAGAGGCAUUUACAAUCUUGGAAGGAACCAAUUACAGUAUUCAAAUCGAUGUUCUAAAUACACGCCCACUCAAUGCUAUGGGAGUCAUGUUCACUAGUAAUUCGAAUGGAACAUAUUUCACCCGAAAUAUUGAGCACACAAAUAGAGAUAUGAAUGGCUUGGUUGACUUCGAGAAGAUAGCUAGCGUCCAGGGAAUCGUGCUGGUUAACGUCGUUGAUAACUUUGAGAAAGUCGAGAAGAGUUUUUUAGAAACGAAGAAUAUCAAGUCAAAAAUCAGUUUUGAUGAUGGACGAACUUGGCAACCUCUCAAGGUAAAAGAUAAAGAUCUGCACCUUCACUCCGUUACAGAAUUGGACAAUUCUGGUCGAGUCUUCUCCAGUCCGGCUCCAGGUCUAGUCAUGGGAAAUGGUAACACAGGGGAUUUCUUGGGUAAAUGGGAUAAAGCGAACCUUUAUGUAUCAGAUGAUGCAGGAGUUACAUGGCAUCAUGCCCUCGAUGGUCCACACAAGUACGAAUUUGGAGAUCAGGGAUCCGUCUUGGUGGCAGUACAUGAUGGCCAUACAAAGGUCGUCAAGUACUCAUUAAACCACGGCAAAGAUUGGAAGGAACUCGAACUCAAGGGUAAAAUCCGUCCACUCCAAUUGGUCACAACUUCGGAUUCAACAAGUCUCAAGUUUCUCCUGAUUGGUUUGGAUGAUUCCGACAAGAAAGAGACUUACUAUAUGAUCGCACUUAACUUUGACGAAAUGCACGAAAAGCAAUGCAAAAAAGAUGACAUGGAAAAAUGGUACGCGAGGCUAGACAAUGACGGCAAACCCGCUUGUCUCAUGGGUCACACUCAAUAUUUUGAACGUCGCAAGGCCGACGCAGAUUGUUUCAUGAAACAAGAAUUCAAAGACCCAAUUGUUCAAACAGACGAUUGCCCUUGCACUGAUGCUGAUUUCGAGUGCGAUUACAACUUUAUUAGAAGUGAUGAUGGCAAAGAAUGUACACAAAAAGGUGCUUUAGUCGUUCCCGAAGGUAGUUGCAAAGCAUCCGGUGCUGAUGAAAAAUUCCUUGGUUCUUCCGGAUGGCGUUUGAUACCAGGAAAUACUUGUAAGCGAGAAAGUGGCAAGCAGAAGGACGAUCCAGUUGAACAUAAAUGCGCGACUGCCGUGGGUCCUCCUGCUUCCGGUAAAGGGAAUUCGACAGAAUUCAAAUUCAAGGGCAAAUCAUUCCUUGACAAACAAUAUCUCGAGCGAACUGGUGUCAGUAAGAGCAUUGACGAAACAAUCGUAUUACAAACCGACCAAGAUACCAUUUGGCUCACUCACGAUCAUGGAAAAAGGUGGAAGCAAAUCUUGAAGGAUGAAGAUAUCGUUCGAAUUUACACCAAUCAGUAUUUCAAUGAUGUGGUGUUUUUCUUGACGAAGAAGGAGACGGUUUUCUACUCCGUCGAUCGUGGAGAGAAUAUUAGGAGCUUCAAGGCCCCUCAUCCACCAAGCAAGGAGGCUUCUGCAAUGAAUUUCCAUCCUAGAAACAAGGACUGGUUCAUUUGGAUGGGUGAGAAGUGUGAUGGUCGUGAUAACUGUCACACGGUAGCUUCACUCACGCAAGACCGAGGAGAUAGCAGCUGGAAAACGCUUCAGCGAUAUGUCCGAAAGUGCGAGUUCAUCAAGGAAGCUGCAAAUCAGAAACGUGACGACAAAUUGAUUUAUUGCGAAACCAAAGAACGCGAAAACAAUGAAGUCGAUAACCCAUAUCAACUUGUCUCCAGUACGGACUUCUUCGCCGAACCUCCUACAGUGCACUUUAGUAAUGUGGUUGAUUUCGCUACAAUGUCCGAGUUCAUUGUUGUCGCUACGAAGGAUAAGGAGCACAAAACUCUGAAAGUCGACACGAGUUUCGAUGGAGUUACUUUUGCUGAUGCCAAGUUCCCACAUGGACUUGAAAUAGAUCACCAAGUUGGGUACACUGUGCUCGAUAGCUCCACUCAUUCCGUAUUCCUUCAUGUUACAAUCAAUAAUGAGGAGGGUUACGAAUAUGGAUCUAUCAUCAAAAGUAACUCGAAUGGUACUUCGUACGUUUUGAGUCUGAACGCUGUGAAUAGAGAUAGCGCUGGUUAUGUGGACUUUGAGAAAAUGUUUGGCCUUGAAGGAGUCGCAGUGGUCAACGUUGCUGCAAAUGCAGGAUCUAAGAACUAUAAGAAGGAAAAAAAGAAGCUCAAGACUUGGAUUACUCACAACGAUGGUGCGGAAUGGGAUGUAUUGAAGCCUCCUGCAAAAGCCCCAGACGGAAAGAAGUGGGGUUGCAGUGGCUCAUUGGAGAAAUGUUCAUUGAAUAUUCAUGGUUAUACUGAGAGAUUUGACAAAUCCCAUACAUUCUCGUCUCAAUCAGCCAUUGGAUUAAUGAUGGGUGUUGGUAAUGUUGGGGAGUUCCUAACAGACUACAAAGAUGCCGAUACAUUUCUGUCCGCGGAUGGUGGUAUCAACUGGAAAUUCGUCAAAAAGGGAGCUUACAUGUGGAAAUUUGGAGAUCAAGGGUCAAUCAUCGUCAUUGUGAAAGAGCAUGCAUCCGUCAAUGUCGUUUACUAUUCUCUAAAUGAGGGAGAUGCUUGGAUCGAGUACAAAUUCUCCGAUUCUGAAAUGAAAGUUGAAGAUAUCACUACUGUCCCGAGUGACAAUUCACAAAAUUUCGUCCUUUGGGGUGUCAUUGAUGGUACUCUAACAGCUAUCAAUCUUGACUUUUCUGGUCUGAGAAAAAGACAGUGCGAUCUCGAUGAGAAAGAUGUUGAGGGAGGAGAUUAUUACCUCUGGCAACCAAAACAUCCUAAGCAACAUGAUGACUGUCUCUUUGGUCAUGUUUCGCAAUAUCAUCGAAAGAGGAUUGAUGCUGAUUGUUAUAAUGGAAGAUUGAUUCCUUCUUUGCAUAAUAUUGCCAGGAAUUGUACUUGUACCAGACGGGAUUUCGAGUGGUAUGUUUCCUUCUUUUGAUAUUAAGUUGGUAGACACUAACAUGAAACCAGUGAUCUUAACUACGAGCGUCAAGGUGAUGGAUCUUGUGUUCUCGCCAAGGGUUAUUCACCACCGGAUCACUCCGCAAUAUGCCGUGUCGAUGAGAACGCCGUGGAAUACUAUAAACCUACAGGCUAUCGACGACUUCCACUUACUACCUGCCAAGGAGGAAAGCAAAUGGAUGUUAGUGAUAAAGCAUUCUCUUGCGCUGGACAUGAAGAUGAAUUCAAUAAGAAACACGCAGCUUCUGGCUGGGCUAUAUUCUUCGCGGUUUUUAUCCCAGUUUGUAUAGCUACCGCUGUAGGAUUCUGGGUAUGGCGCAAUUGGAGUGGUAAAUUUGGUCAAAUUCGUUUGGGUGAACAAUGUACGUGUUUCGCUUAUCUCUAAUCCUUCAAAUUAUUUCCUAUUAAGCAUACUUACUAACUAAACUCACAGCAUCUUUCGAUGGCGAAGCUCCAUACAUAAAAUAUCCAGUAAUGUUACUGUCUGCCGCCGUUGCAGUAGCGCAAGCCACUCCACUCCUAGCAUCUUCGCUUUGGCGUUCGGCUUCAGGAGCCUUAGGUAGAGGUGCAUCUUCGAAUAGAAGGUUUACGACGAGAGAUAGUUUUGCGAGGGGUAGAGGCGAUUAUGCGGUUGUGGAUGAAGAUGAAGGAGAGUUGUUGGGGGAUGAUAGUGAUGAUGAGGUUUGAAAGGGUUGAACUUGUUUUUGGAGCGAAUGUGGUUAGGUGGAUUGGGAUUAGGGGGAAUUAUCUAUAUGAGAGUUUUUGGAAUGAUUGUGUAGUUGUAUGGAUUAGGAUUAGGAGUAGGAGUAGGAUCAGGGUUAGGAUUGAGAUUAUGAAUGGGAUUGAGAUUGAGAUUGAGAUCGAGGCUCCGAAUUGGAAUUUUUUUAGAUGGGUAGAUUUCGUGGAUUUUGAUGGGAGGAUGUGAGGUGAGGUGAGGUGAGAUGAGGAAGUGGGGGGAUUGAUGGGGAUGGAGAUGAAAAUUAAAAGAGUGGAACAGCAAAAGAAAGAAAUGGUGAUUGUAUACUAUGAACAAACAGAACAGAAGCCCUUCUGGUCGAAAAAUGAAAGAUAGGUGGGUAUGAAGAUAGAUAGGGUAGGGAGG